AUGGAUGCUCCUUUUGAUGGGGUCGUUGCUACUCAAGCUAUCCGUGCAAAGGGGCCCACUGAAAAGCAACUCUUUGGUUAUAAUCAACAAACAUUAUUAUCUGCCAUCAAUCAAGUUUUUGAUUACAUUAUUGAUGAGUUUCCUCAACCAUUCGUAAUGAUCCAGAUUGCCCGAGGAAGAUCCUCAGCAGAUACACUGCAAGACAUUCAUCAUAUCGUAGAUAAAUUAACUGAUUCUGGUGGUAAAUAUGAAAUCAAAACAGGUUAUCGAUCGUCCGAUUAUUUCAAGAUUCCAAAAGAUUCUGAACAAGAAUUUGUGUUUGUGAAUAUCGGCAUGUUUGCUCGAUUAACCAAUGUCCAUCAAAUGCUACGCGGAACAGCUUGUAAUCCAAUCCCAACGAUCGAUUUAGAUAUGAAUGACGAACAAAGAUUAAUAAUCUUCAACAAAAGAAAUCAUGAUGAUGCCAAAAAUAUUUUGAAUCAUUUUUCCUCCCAAUUCCAAAAUAUUAUAUUGUUCGGAAUGACUGACCAAAUGCCGUUUGUCACACCGGAUCAGUGUCCUGCUAUUGAAAUGCAACGACUUAUUCAUUUGGUCCUCACAUCAUAAAUGUAUGCCAAAGAUUUUUUCGUUAUCUUAAAUGUUCAUUAAAUUAAUGAAUGUAGUUUCUUUGGUUGGGUUGUUGGGAGUGAAACGCCCUACGCCGUGAGGCAUCCCCUGCCGGUGUGUGUUUCGCACAGGGAACAAUGCAAUGCCUGUGUUUUUUUUGAAUUCUCGCUAAUUCACCAACCAAAUUGUCGUGGCGAUUCUUUCAAGUUUCGCCAUCGAAUUGAUGUUGUGAAUCUGAACCUCUUAUUCACACUGUUUUCCAC